GCCCCCAGGGGCGGGGCAAGCGGGGCCCAAGAUGGCCGCUCUCCGCUACCGGCGUUUCCUUAAGCUCUGUGAGGAAUGGCCAGUGGACGAGACCAAACGGGGCCGGGACUUGGGCGCUUACCUGCGGCAGCGGGUAGCACAGGCCUUCCGGGAGGGAGAGAACACCCAGAUUGCAGAACCCGAGGCCUGUGAUCAGAUGUACGAGAGCUUAGCACGACUGCAUUCAAACUACUACAAGCACAAGUACCCUCGCCCCAGAGACACCAGCUUCAGUGGCCUGUCUGUGGAAGAGUACAAGCUGAUCCUGUCCACAGACACGUUGGAAGAGUUCCAAGAGAUGAAUAAGAGCAUGUGGAAGAAACUGCAGGAGAAGUUUGCGCCCACCAGGCCUGAGGAGAAGCACAAGGCCUGGAUUCGGGUCCUCUCCCGCCCACGGACCUGACCGUGCGGUCUGAUGCUCAUCAAUAAAACUGCCCGGUUUCUCCCAC